UCGUGGGGGCGGGCCGGGAGUGCGGAGAGCAAAACAGGAUGUCUGUGCAUGGGCACUGGGUAUUUCUCAAUAAACUACACGCCCUGCUGAAAAGGAAGGUGGCUAUGGUUUCAGUUUCAGACUACAUCGAGGCUGAGAGAGAAAAGCCAUGGCUGACCAGACCCUGAGGGACAAGCGGAAGCUGUUUGUCAGCUCGGUGAACACGGGGACCCUCAACGGCUUGCUGGAUGAGCUCUUAGAGAAAAGGGUGCUGAACCAGGAGGAGAUGGAGAGAGUGCGAUAUGAAAAUGCUACAGUGAUGGAUAAAGCCCGAGCUCUGAUUGACUCUGUCCUACGGAAAGGGUCCCAGGCAUGCCAGAUUUUUAUUUGUUAUAUUUGUGAUGAGGACGCCUUCCUUGCAGAGAAGAUGGGGCUCUCCUCAGGUAAGGGUCAAUGCCUCACACUGAGGUGAACGGAGGUCCCGUGUCCUUGUGCCAAUGUUUGAUUUCUUCCUUGAUCAGGUCUGUUUGCAGACAACUUCCCAGUUCCUUGCUGUAGGGCCCCAUUUUUGCAUCAAUAGGUCUACCGCAAGCCUCCUGGCUUCUUCCUUUUUGGUCCUUUGACCCCUGGAGCCUUCCUUUGAUUGGAGCUCGUUUCCCAACCUGAGUAUGCAGUAGCUCCUUUGCAGAAAUUCAUGGGGACAGUCUGAAAAGCUUCAUACCACAUUCUCCAGUCAUUCUGGCAAAGCACUGACUCAGUCUCUCUCUCUCACUCUCCAUCUCUC